GCUCGUGAUCGUUGGGGGAGUACGGCAGCUGCUGAUGCUAAGUAUUAUGGAAAUAUAGAUGUUUACAAUCUUUUGAAGGCCCGUGGAGCCAAAGUUUCGACCAGGAAGACACCAAUGGCAGUUUCUAAUCCUCGAGAAGUUCCAGAGUAUGAGCUUAACCCACUAGAGCUUCAAGUUCGAAAGGCUGAUGGUAUUGUCAAGGGUACAUAUCAAGUGGCGAAAUGGAAUGGCACAAAGGUUGCUGUAAAGAUUCUUGAUAAGGACAGCUGUUCAGACCCUGAGAACAUAAACGCAUUCAAGUAUGAGCUAACUUUGCUAGAAAAAGUCAGACACCCAAAUGUGGUUCAAUUUGUUGGAGCUGUUACACAAAAUAUCCCAAUGAUGAUAGUUUUGGAGUACCCUCUAAAAGGUGACUUGGGAAGCUAUCUUCAGAAGAAAGGGCGUUUAUCUCCAUCCAAAGCUUUAAGAUUCGCUCUUGACAUUGCUCGGGGAAUGAACUAUCUUCAUGAAUGCAAACCAGAUCCAAUCAUUCACUGUGACUUAAAGCCAAAAAAUAUUUUGCUGGAUAUUGGAGGUCAUUUGAAGGUUUCUGGAUUUGGUUUGAUAAGAUUAUCAGAUAUUUCCCCUGAAAAGGCAAAACUAGCGCUGUCAGCAAGUCACAUUGAUCGAUCAAAUUUCUAUGCAGCUCCUGAAGUUUAUAAAGAUGAAAUUUUAGAUCGAAGUGUCGAUUCUUACUCUUUUGGCAUAAUUCUAUAUGAGAUGAUUGAGGGAGUACAUCCAUUCCAUCCCAAGCCUGCUGAAGAGGUUGUAAAAAUGAUGUGUUUAGAAGGAAGGAGACCAUCAUUCAAGAUCAAAUCAAGAAGUUAUCCUCCAGACUUAAAAGAGUUGAUCGGAGAGUGCUGGGAUGAAGAACCUGUUGUCAGGCCAACUUUUUCAGAAAUCCUUGUACGAUUGGAUAGAAUAGUUGCUAGCAGCUCAAAACAACGGUGGUGGAAAGACACUUUCAAGCUUCCUUGUGGGGACUCUUUGCAGGAAAUAAGGGGCAUGUUCCCCGAACAAAAAAGGGGGGCAAAGUACAAAGAUUGAGGGGAUUUUCGGUCUCAAGAGUUUCAGAGCUUCAUCGUAAAGAGCUAUGCCUAUGACUUGUGUAAGAAAAUGAAGUCAUGUUGACAUAAAAAAACGAUGAGAAAAAUAUCCCUCGUUGUCUUUUCUCUUCAGGAGCUUGAAAGCUCCUUCCUCUGUAUAAUCUCUGAAAGAGUUUGUCACAUAUCGUUUGUUUGUACAUAAAUGAAAAGUGGAAGAAGAAACAAAAGGAUUAUAUACCUAUUAUUGCAUUUGGAUCUUGUUCAUCGCAGAAUUGAAAUAAAAAGACCAAAAACUU